ACGGCCACCUCGGCCCCUGUCACCCUCGUGGCCCCGGGGGAAGCGCGGCCCGCGUGGGUCCAGGGGCCCAACCAGACCACGAAUACGGACCUGGCUGCGACCCCCGGGAUCGCCGGCAGCACGGUGGUGAUGCCGACUCUGGAGGCCUCGCCCGCGGCCGCCUCGGCGCCGGUCCCCCCUGGCCCAGAGCCCUCGGUGCCGGCAGCCGUGGCAGGAGCUGGGACGUCGAUGACUGGAGCUCCAGGGCCGGACUCUCCGAAAACUGAGGAGACCCGGACCUCGCCGGCCCUUGGACCAAGUACUCCCACCAGGACCCCCACCAGAACUGCUUCUGGGGCCCUGGCCGCCAAACCCCCGCUUGCUCCCAAGCCGGGAACCACAGUGGCCCCAGGAGCGACCUCCCGAGCUGCAGUGACAGCAGGACAGGUGACAAGUGGACACGGAGCUGCAGCAACAUCAGCAUCAGCAGGACCGGCCCCCGAGGACACCUCAGGGCCCCCAGGGACAUGUGAGGCUCAAGUAGCCGUGGUGACGGUGACCCCAGCUCCCGAGCCUGCUGAGGGCUCCCAGGACUUGGGCUCCACGUCCAGCCUGGGGCCUGGCAUUCCUGGGCCUCGAGGGCAGGCUCCGGACACGCUCAGCUACUUGGACUCGGUGAGCCUCAUGUCUGGGACCUUGGAGUCCUUGGUGGAUGAUGUGAGCUCCAUGGGUUCAGACUCGGAGAUCAACGGGCUGGCCCUGCGCAAGACCGACAAGUAUGGCUUCCUUGGGGGCAGCCAGUACUCAGGCAGCCUAGAGAGCUCCAUUCCUGUGGACGUGGCUCGGCAGCGGGAGCUCAAGUGGCUGGAGAUGUUCAGCAACUGGGAUAAGUGGCUGUCACGGCGUUUCCAAAAGGUGAAGCUGCGCUGCAGGAAGGGAAUCCCAUCCUCCCUCAGAGCUAAGGCCUGGCAGUACCUGUCCAAUAGCAAGGAGCUCCUGGAGCAGAACCCUGGCAAGUUUGAGGAGCUGGAACGGGCUCCUGGGGACCCCAAGUGGCUGGAUGUGAUUGAAAAGGACCUACACCGCCAGUUCCCUUUCCACGAGAUGUUUGCUGCUCGAGGGGGGCAUGGGCAACAGGACCUGUACCGCAUCCUGAAGGCCUACACCAUCUACCGGCCUGAUGAGGGCUACUGCCAGGCCCAGGCCCCUGUGGCUGCAGUACUGCUCAUGCACAUGCCCGCUGAGCAAGCCUUUUGGUGCCUGGUACAGAUCUGCGACAAAUAUCUCCCUGGCUACUACAGUGCAGGGCUGGAGGCCAUUCAGCUCGAUGGAGAGAUCUUUUUCGCGCUGUUGCGCCGGGCUUCCCCCUUGGCACACCGGCACCUGCGACGGCAGCGCAUCGAUCCCGUGCUCUACAUGACAGAAUGGUUCAUGUGCAUCUUUGCCCGCACCCUGCCCUGGGCUUCAGUGCUCCGAGUCUGGGACAUGUUCUUCUGUGAAGGCGUCAAGAUCAUCUUCCGGGUGGCCCUGGUGCUGCUGCGGCACACACUGGGCUCGCUGGAGAAACUGCGCUCCUGCCAGGGCAUGUAUGAGACCAUGGAGCAGCUGCGCAACCUGCCCCAGCAGUGCAUGCAGGAGGACUUCCUGGUGCAUGAGGUAACCAACCUCCCAGUGACAGAGGCACUGAUUGAGCGGGAAAAUGCAUCACAGCUCAAGAAGUGGAGGGAAACACGAGGGGAGCUUCAGUAUCGGCCCUCACGGCGGCUCCAUGGCUCCCGGGCCAUCCAUGAGGAACGCCGGCGGCAGCAACCACCCCUGGGCCCCUCAUCCAGCCUCCUCAGCCUCCCUGGCCUUAAGAGCCGAGGCUCCCGGGCAGCUGGUGGGGCCCCCUCCCCACCCGCCCCUGCCCGAAGAGCCAGUGCCGGGCCAGCCCCAGGGCCUGUGGUCACCGCUGAGGGACUGCAUCCAUCUCUCCCCUCACCUACUGGCAACAGCACCCCACUGGGAUCCAGCAAGGAAGCCCAGAGGCAGGAGAAGGAACGGCAGAAACAGGAGAAGGAGCGGGAGAAGCAGGAGAAGGAGCGGCUGAAGUGGGAGAAGGAGCAGGAGAAGGAGCGGCAGAAACAGGAGAAGGAGCAGGAGAAGGAGCGGCAGAAGCAGGAGAAGGAGCGGCAGAAGCAGGAGAAGGAGCGGCAGAAGCAGGAGAAGAAGGUCCAAGGCCGGAAGCUUUCCCUGCGUCGAAAGACAGAUGGACCCCCACCCCCCCAAGAUGGUGGGGACAGGCCCUCAACAUCUGAGGCCCGACAGGAUGCUUACUUCUGACCUCUGCCCUCGGGCUGGACUGCGUGACACCCCUUCCCCAUAGCCAAGAGCAGGCCUGGUUUGGGCUUCCACCCCCAGCCGUCUUGGGGGGCUGUCCCUCUCAAAGGAAAGUGGCUCGAUACCUGGUUUCCUUGUCAGUUGCUGAUCCCUGCACAGCCAAGACAGUCGG